AAUGUUCGGCAAAAUUCUGCAUUAAUAACAAUCAAUUUACAUAAUUGCCUAACAAAAAAGAGAUACUACCAGCUAAUAAUCCAUAAUACCCAGAUUGCAUAACUGUAUGGAAGGUAAAUGCACCAACAAAUAAACUAGUUCAGCGGUUCAUGAACUCAGAGAGGAACCAAAACAAUUCUGGCUGCGGCGCGUUGAUAACUCAAAUGGCCGAAAAUAAUAAUAAAUCAGAAUGUAUCCAGCCCAAAGACACAAAAACUCCUAAUGAAACAGUGAACAGCAGCAGCGACGAAACCAGCAGCAGUUCCGGUGACAUCGAAAAUAGUAGGUACGGGAAACUACGUCGUAGAUCAGUGCGCAGCUUUUCCUACCACUUCCAAUCUCUUCCCAUGCGUGUUGUGGGAGAUCAGUCUGCGCCCAUAGCUGGACAUCCAAGCUCUGCCCGGGAUGUAACAUUAAGUUCCGCUCACAUCAUUGAAGACAGCUCGGAAUCGGAUUUCCACAUAUCCAAUGACACGAGCAACGACGAGCCGCCGAUUAAACCCAUCGCAUUUGUUGGUCGGUCCCUGCGGAAAACUGAUGUGAACUUUAUCAAAAGGAGGAAUAAACGUAAAAAACGUACAAAGAAGAAAAUAUUCAAAGAAUAAGCAGAACCACAUUUGAAACUCAACUGUGCGCGCAGGGCUGGCCAACCUGGUGCGUCUUACGUUUUACAACACUGCUUCAAAACCAGGGUUGGUUGGUGCAUUUUGGAGUAGUGGUCAAUUUUUACGAGCAUAACUAUUUACACGAUUUUAUGUAAAUAAAACAAAUUAAACGUAGGAAAACUAAGUGCAAAGUAUCAUUUCAAACGACUUCAAAUUCAACAACUGUGUUCUGGCAUUUUUAAUCAGAGAAAUUAAAAAGGAAUCAGCUGCAAGACAUGUUCACCUCUUAGACCAACCACAGCCCUAGUAUUGAUUAGAAAUUCUAAGUAAAAAGUAUUCGAACGAACGAAUUUGCAAGCCGAAUUUG